UUUCCGUGUCUCAGUCAGACCUUCGCUUCGAAGAGACAAAGGUGGGAGCUUUACCCAGAUACAAGGUUAGGGUUUUGCCUUCUUAAACGUGAGGGCAUCUUUCCCUAUUUUCAUCUAGGUAUUCUGUGCUUUAAUGUGGGCUUUUCAAUUUGUUCAAGUUCAAUGAUCGAUUUUUUACUGAGGAAUCGAAAUUGUUUACCCUCAACAUUAAAAUCAUAUAAGCUUAACCCGAUCAAAAAGUUCAAUCUCCAAAUCAGUCUGUAUAUUUGAUCAGUAAUCGACUGUCCGUACGACAACUACAUCUACAAAGGCACCAACUACUUUGUCUCCCAUAUCUGAUUCCAGGAUCGGGUACUUAAAACCAUACUCAUCAAAGUUUGAUCCAGACUUGAAAGAUGGGAUUUGGAGCACUAAGGUCCUUGUGUCAACCCCUAUCACGAACCCUAAUUUCUCGCACCUCGACUUGCUCCAUAACAUCAUUUGCUGCCAACUCUGUGCACCUGAAACCUGAGCGCCGCUUUGUCCCCAGUGGUCAGGCUCCAUGGUUUCUUCUGAUCCUGAACCAUUUUCACAGCUUGACAGACACUCGUUUCCAGAAACGGCGUCCCAGUGAUAAGCCUCGUCGAAAAAGAUCCAGCAUAAGACCUCCUGGACCAUAUGCUGGGGUUCAGGAUGUUCCUGGUGAACCAGUAGUGCCUAGCAGACCCAAUGAAGGUAGUGUGAAGAGGAGGAAUGAGAAGAAGCGCAUGAGGCAGCGCCAUGCAUUUAUUUUGUCAGAGAAAAAGAAGAGGAAAGCUCUGGUACAAGAAGCCAAAAGAAAGAAAAACAUUAAGAGAAUUGAGAAUAAAAUGGCGGCAGUUGCAAGAGACAGAGCGUGGGCUCAGAGGCUGGCUGAGCUGCAGCAGUUGGAGGAAGAGAAGAAGAAACCCAUGGCUUAAGAUCUUGUCGUCAAACCUUAUUCCCGAUGGUAACCCCUGCAGAGAUGGACUAAUUUUGCUUCUCUAAAUAGUGGAUUGGGUCCAGGACCUUUGGCUUGCUGUGACGACAGUUCUGCAACAUUAGUGUUUUGCAGGUGUCUUUCGCACAACAGAUUCAUUUUAUAUUUUUCUGAUACCAUUGAACAUUCAAGAUAGUUUCUUUAGGCUUGUUCCAUUUUGUGACAGUUUUAAAAGCGUGGUAAACAUUAGUCAUAUGAGGUUCACACUAUAGAACUGUCAUUUUUUUUUACUGAUAAGACUCAUAAGAGUGUUCCCAGAGGCGCUCACUUUUAAUUACAGCAUCAUUUAUCAUC